AUGUGCGAAAACCUGGCUGACGGAUUUGUUGAUGAAAAAAGAUACAACAAUGCAGAUAAAACAAUAACGUAUGAGAGCAAUGAAGCUCACUUCACGGCCAGCUUUGUGCUCCCACGAGGGAGCGGUUCAGAUUUUGCAAUAACAGUAGGUUGCACGACGGUCGAAGCCCGUGAGUACCGCAGAACAUUUGUCAAAGUCCAUAAAGAAAUUCCGCGGAACGUACAUAGAGAUGAUAUCGUAUAUGUUAUGCAAUCAACUCGCAAUAUCAUGCUUGCAAUCGGUGCUUGGCCAUUUGUCAGUGGAAAGCGAUCUAUAUUCUGGAAAAUUUACGAUCUCUUUCUAAUCUUUACCUCCUACGUUCUUCUUGCUUGUGAUAGUAUACCAGGCACUAUUUAUUGGCUUCUGGAGGAAUCAUCGCGUGUGCGACUUCAGAUAACCCCUCUUCUUCUCUACGUCUUCAUGACCGUCAUUCAAUAUGGUAUUUUCUUGUCUCGUAAUGAUCAUAUCAGACAAUGCUUGAAACACGUCGAGAAGGAUUGGGAAAAUGUCUUUAGUGUAAAAGAACGAAACACUAUGAUCAAAAGUGCGAAGACAGGGAGGCUCUUAGUCACAAUCUGUGGAGUCUUUAUAUACACUGGCGCACUUAUGUUUCAAAUAAUCUUGCCACUAUCUCAGGGAGAGAUCGUCAUCGGUGAGAAUAUCACCAUCAGACCAUUGGCCUGUCCUGUUAAUUUUUUAUUCAUCGACGUGCAAGUGAGCCCUGUUUACGAGAUACUGUUUGUAGCUCAGUCUUUAACGGGUUUCCUUAUAGUUUCGGUUGCAACGGUUGCAUGUGGCCUCUCAUCAAUUUUUGAGAUAUAUGCUAACGGUCAGCUGAAGAUUCUAAUCUAUUUAAUGAGAGGUCUUGUCGAGGAACAAAGUCAAGAAGAAAAUGAAAUAAAUAAGAAGAUAGCUGAAGUGGUUGAACAUCAAGUAAGAAUACGCAGUUUUCUGCGGUCAAUACAAUAUUGCCUGCAGGAAAUAUAUUUGCUAGAAAUAAUGGUGAAUACGCUAACUAUCUGCCUCCUGCUGUAUUUUAUGCUAUUGAUUCGUAUAACUCGGUCAGAUUGGGACACUAGUAAUUCAGGGGUAAUAGGCUCUUACGCGUUAAGCAUCAUAAAUGUGAUAAUUCACAUCUUUCUCUUUUGCUACGCUGGUGAACAGCUUACUGAACAGGCGGAAAAGGUAGCAAUUGAAUCCCGCGAGCUCGAAUGGUAUCGUCUUCCGGAUAAAAAAGCCCGCAAUGUUAUUAUGCUGAUGAUUAUGUCUAACAUUCCAACCAAGAUCUCUGCUGGCAAGAUCAUGGAUCUAUCAUUCAAAACGUUUGGUGAUAUCAUAAAAACUUCUGGAGCGUAUUUUAAUAUGCUUCGAAAUGUCAUGGAGUGAAUUGUCGAGUUCAAAUCAUCGGAACUAUGAUAUAAACCGAACGUGUAUAUCAGUAAUAUAUUAUGUAUAAACAGUUAGAGAAUUU